GAAAAGUUUUGUUUAAAAGGACUGCAUAUCUUAAACAAUUUACAAACUGAAACAUGGCAGUCUGCAAAGCACUGUGCUGGACUCUGUUGGUUGCCUUCCUGGCAAAAGGGUGUUACUCUCAGUUGAAUGUGUGUGGCCAGGCUGCACUCAACUCCAAGAUUGUGGGUGGUCAGGACGCCCCAGUGGGAGGCUGGCCCUGGCAGGCGAGUCUACAACGAUCAGCCUUCCAUUUUUGUGGAGGAUCUCUCAUCAACAACCAGUGGGUUCUGACUGCUGCUCACUGUUUCUCCAGCACCGACCUAUCAAAACUGCAGGUCAUCUUGGGAGCUAAUAGCCUGGAUCGACCCAAUCAAAACCAGGUGUCCAGCUCAGUGGCAAAGAUCAUCUGCAAUCCCAACUAUAAUGACAGUACCAGCGACAAUGAUAUGUGUCUGCUGAAGCUGUCCUCUCCUGUGACUUUUACCAACUAUAUCCAACCUGUCUGCUUAGCAGCACCUGGCAGCACCUACAAUGCAGGCAUCGUCAGCUGGGUCACUGGUUGGGGGACUAUUAAUUCAGACGUAAACCUCCCCUCCCCUAGGAAUCUCCAGGAAGUAGAUGUGCCUAUAGUGGGGAACAGACAGUGCAACUGUAACUAUGGAGUGGGCUCUAUCACAGACAACAUGUUGUGUGCUGGUUUAAAAGCUGGAGGAAAGGACUCCUGUCAGGGUGACUCGGGGGGUCCCUUGGUCAGCAAACAGGAUGGUCGCUGGAUCCAGUCUGGAGUGGUGAGUUUUGGCAAAGGCUGUGCUCUGGCCAAAUUCCCAGGAGUCUAUGCCAGAGUAUCCAAGUACCAGACGUGGAUCAACAGCAUAAUCACCAGCAGCCAGCCAGGAUUUGUUACUUUCAGCUCUAGUGGAACUGACUCUGACCUAAGUACCAACUGCACUGGCUUACCACCUGUCCCGACCACUGUAUCUCCUACACCUAAACCUGUGGUUUGUGGCAGUGCCUCUUUGAAUUCCCGUAUUGGUGGAGGAAGUUCUGAGGCAUCAGCUGGCACAUGGCCAUGGAUGGCCAGCAUACAACAAAAUGGAACACAUGUCUGUGGAGGAACACUAGUGGCAGAAAACUUUGUGAUGAGUGAUGCUGGCUGUUUCUCCAGCCAGCCAAAGGCCUCUGGUUGGAUGGUCGUCUUGGGAAGUCUGAAACAAAAUGGAACCAAUCCAUUCGAGGUGACCCUGAACGUAACCAAUAUCACUAUGAGCAACUUGACGGGCAACAAUAUGGCACUUCUUCAACUAGGAACCAAACCCACACUCUCGAACUACAUCCAGCCUAUUUGCCUGGACACCAGCAACACAACCGUUACCCUAGGCUCUACAUGCUGGGUGGCUGGCUGGGGCGCAGGACAAGGAGUGAGCCUGCAAGAGUUGCAAACCUCUGUGGUGGAUUGUGGUAAUGCAUCAACAGCUGACAGCAUUUGCACUGGAGCUGUGACAUUGCAAAAGGGUGAUGAAGGUGGUCCCCUAAUGUGUAAGCAGAAUAAUGCAUGGUUUCAGGUUGCAGUGUUGACUCUGACAAGCAACUCUAACAGCAGUACUAACAGCAGCAGCAGCAGCAACAAAACACUAUCAGACUUGGCCAAGGGAUCUUCCCCUAUGGUCUUCUCCAAAGUAUCCCGCUAUGGGACCUUCAUUAGAGCCACUGUAGGAGGUUUGUUGUCCCCUGCCUCAACCAGCAGCCCUGUUGCUGCCACCACCGUCAAUGGAGCUUCCCCAGCUCAGGCCUCCUUCUCUUCUCUCCUUCUCUUGUCCCUCAACGGUGUCUUACUUUUCCUCAAAUAAGGUUUGAUGAACCAGAACACUGCCACAAAAGUUUAGAAUGCCCUUUCCAUAACAUGUGUUUAGGAAGUUUGCUUUCAGUCAUGAAUGUUUACAAGCUAUUUUGCCCUAAAUCAUUCAAGGACAUUUUGUCAGUGACACAGAAAACAUAUUCCACAAAUGUUUUCCACAAAGUAGGACAAACAUGUUCUUACAAGAACAAUUUUCUAUUCAAGCAAUGCAGUUAAAUUGGAAUAAGCUUUGUCAGAUUCAGUUUGUCAUUUCUCUUUUUUUCACAGUACAUAGUGAAAGAUUAUGUAUUCUUUCAAAUUUCUAAAACGUAUUUCACAGAUUUGAAUGGCUAGCAGCACUAAAACCAACCUGUGUCAUAGUAAUCGGCACUGCAUUCACCAUGUUGCCCUUUUGAGGGUCUACCUCAUCUGUAGCCACAACUAAAGUGUACUGAAUCUCUCUCAAAUAUUAUGGUAUACUUAAGCUAUUUCUUAUCAGGGACAUACUGCACAUAUAUGUAUUCCAUAAUAAUAAUAAUAAGUAUUUACAGUUUUCUGAUUUUUUGUUUAUAUGAUUUAUUAUUUUACUAUGAAAGGGUUUUACUGUUAAAGUCAUUUCUGAGAUUUGAUGGCUUAGAUAUUGCACCUGCAGUUUCACAAAUGUUAUGUUUACAUCAUAAAUUAAUUUAGCAGACACUUUUAUCCCCAGCAAUGUAUGAAGUCAAUGGCUGGAUUGCACUGUGUUUAUAUCAAUCUAAAGUUUCCUUGAGCAUGUCAUUGGACCUUUCAGACAUGUAGCCUACUCAACAAACGAUAGGAUGCAAAUUUAAGGGAAAUAACAAAUGUCAUCACUGGCUAUUGGUGGGACAUACAGAAUAGAUAAUUUUACAAGCAAGUUUAAAAAACAUUUCCUUGCAUAUAUGGUUAGCACAUAAUGAAAGAUAUACAGUUAUAAAAACGAUUUUACACUGAUUCAAAUCACUAUAACAAUUGUGUUUCUGUAUUGCCAUUUAACCAUUUUAAUUAACAUAAAUUUAAUAAAUUAAAACAAGCUAUGCUGACUAAAUAUAAUAAUUUAAUCAGAAUGGUGUUAAAUGUAUUUCUGAAAUGUAAUAGUUAACCAAGUAUAACAUUCCAUUUGGGUUAUAAUCAUAAUUAGAUCAUUUUCUUAUUAAAUUAAUACAUCUACACACCAAUGAUAAAAUAUGAUUGUUUAAUCUGUAUUAAAACAUUAUUCACUAA